GGUCACGCACAUCGUAAUCUCUAUUGGUGGCAACACUUUUGCUCUCCGUCGAUGGCGUUGUUUUCCUUAAUGGGAAUGGAUCUUGUCCUAAGCGAGAAAAGGAAGAAGAAGAAGUCUUGCUUUCGUCUCUUCAUCCUGCCUUGUUCCUUUCUUACCAUUUCUGCGGCGACAGAGUGAGGAGGAGAUCAGAUGGUGAGGGGGAAGACGGAGAUUCGGCGCAUAGAGAACUCGGCGAGGCGGCAGGUGACUUUCUCCAAGCGCCGCAACGGCCUCCUCAAGAAGGCCCGCGAGCUCUCCGUUCUUUGCGACGCCGAGGUCGCCGUCAUCGUCUUCUCCCUCAGCGGCAAACUCUUCGAGUUCUCCAGCUCAAGCGCGGAGAGGACGAUUGAACGUUAUAAGCAGCAAACUGGAAAUGGCAACAGAGCUAAAGGAAUUGAGAAAGACGUGCAGCAUAGGAGAACCGAAGCCAUUGAUACUGCAAACAAAAUUGAGACUCUUGAAUCUCACAACCGAAAACUCUUGGGCGAAGGAUUAGAUGGAUGUUCUCAUGACGAGCUGCUUUCAUUAGAGGCUCAGAUUGUAAGAAGCUUACAGAAGAUUAGAGGAAGAAAGAAAUCGAUGUUUGAGGAACAAAUUGUGCAGCUAAAUGAUAAGGUGAGGGUGCUUUUAGAGGAGAAUGUAAGCUUGCAUCAAGAGGUAAGGGUGCUUUUAGAGGAGAAUGUAAGCUUGCAUCAAAAGAGCCAUCGCCAUGCAGAGGCUCAACUGCAGCUAAGAGCUGGCAGAGAUGCUGAUCCAACAAAUAACGUGGAGGUAGAAACAGAGCUCGUAAUUGGAAUGCCAGGAACUAGGGAGGUUAAAUGAAAACAUAAUCCAUGUCAAUGUUGAUCAAACUUACAACACAUGGAAUUUAAUUUUAACUUACUAGCAAUAAAUUUGAGGAGCUUUACUGUCAUGGGCUGAGGGAACAAUUAAUGUGGAGAAAUUAUUAAUGUUUCUGACACUUCAAUAAAGCCACGAAUUAUUUA